AUGGCGGAACAUCAAUGGUCUUCUGGAUUUACGACAAAUGUCUGGAAUGGAGGUUUACAUUCUCGAGCAGAUCAUUCGGUGAGUAAACCGAUCAUGGUUGGUGGUAGUAAUGUGAGUCAAGCCGCUUCUCCUCGUUCUGAAUCCUAUGGACCAGGAGUUCUUCAAAUGGUCGUCGAUAAUGUGUUGAGCGGCUCACCAGCUUCUGUUAACACGAAAUUUGCACCCCCAAGAAACGAUAUGUCGAUGCGCUUCGUGGAAGGACGCAGCGAUUUCUCAUCCCGCUGCAAUGACGACAAACGUUCUGAAUCGAAUGGGCUGGGACUUCCACUCUCCUACGCGGUUCCUGUUUUUAAUCAAACUUCCGAUGGUCACGUAGGAACUCCAGACUUUCAGAUAGCACCCUACCUGGUACAAGGAGGACAUGUCAUUGGUGGGACGGCUGCGGUCCCUGGGUUACAGUCCACGAAUUCCGCGACAAGUGGAUAUAAUUAUGGAUCCUGGAGCACUGUAUAUCCUUCAACAAAUCAGCACUCAAUCGCCACACCAUCGAAUAUCGAAAACUCACAAAACGGGAUGUCGCGAGCAGAUACAACUCCAAUUCCGUCUAAUGUCUUCUCGUCAUCUCCACCGUACUAUCAAAAUCCAAUGCUUAGUAUGACAAACAGCAUGGCUGCACUGUCAUUUGGUGGAACACAUACCCAAUCUGGUUCCAAUACAACCAGAUCGGAGCAGUCAUAUUCGGGUAUGGGAAGCUCGUCUGGAUUUCCUGCACUUGCACAGCCACCUCAGUUGAUGUACAUGCAGUUCAAUCAGUCUUCAACACAAGGUGCAGCUCCGUCGUUAGGGAGUAGUCCAAACUUUUUCGGGAGUGCGAUCCCGUCGAUGCCAGGAACACACAUAGGUCCUGGGAUGGGUGUUCAAGGCUUCAACAAUUCAAGAGUUCCUCUGUUUAAUGCUCCAACUCCAUCACCGAAUCCAGGACAUUUUGGUGGCGCUCACAAUAGGAGACGUACAGAGGAGAACAGUGGCAGGCAACCAAACCGAAGUCAUCUACUGGACGAUUUUCGCAACAAUCGAACUCCUCAACUACAGAUCACGGACAUAUUGUCACAUGUGGUGGAGUUCGCUAAGGAUCAACAUGGAUCCAGAUUCAUUCAACAAAAACUCGAACGAGCAUCUGUGAAGGAAAAACAGUUGCUUUUCGAAGAAGUCCUCGCGAAUGCCCACGCCCUUAUGGUGGACGUUUUCGGCAACUACGUUGUGCAAAAGUUUUUUGAGUUUGGGACCCCCGAGCAGAAGUUCGCUCUUGGAAGGGCGUUGAAAGGUGAUGUGAUGAACCUCGCGCUGCAGAUGUAUGGUUGUCGUGUAAUUCAAAAAGCCCUGGAAUCUAUUGAUGAGACAAUUCAGUUGGAAAUUCUUCGAGAAUUGGAGAGCCAGGUGUUGAAAUGUGUGAAGGACCAAAACGGAAAUCACGUUGUUCAAAAAGUGAUCGAAAAAGUAAAACCGGAACGUCUUCAGUUCAUCAUUGACACUUUCAUGAAGAACGGCCCAGAUACUAUAAUGCAUCUUUCAAUGCAUCCAUAUGGCUGUAGGGUUAUCCAGCGAGUGCUAGAACAUUGUACGGAAGAACAAAAAAGACCCGUCUUAGAAGCUUUGCACACCAACGUUCGCUCACUUGUUCUGGAUCAAUAUGGAAACUACGUAAUCCAGCAUGUUAUUGAACACGGAAGUGAACAAGAUAGAGACAGAAUAGUUCAAGAGAUUGCUGGAAAUGUACUGAGAUACGCUCAGCACAAAUUCGCUUCAAAUGUUAUUGAGAAGUGCUUGAUAUGCGCUGGUCCUCAACACAAAACAUUGCUUAUUAAUGAAGUUUGCGGCGAUCCUGAUGACCCAUCUCCUCCAAUACUGCUUAUGAUGAAAGACCAAUUCGCAAACUAUGUUGUCCAAAAGAUGCUGGAUACUGCAGAUCCAGUCUAUCGUAAGAAAAUGAUGUAUGCGAUUAAACCGCACAUACCGACACUCCGUAAAUUUAGCUACGGAAAGCACAUUAUAACAAAAUUGGAGAAGUAUUUCCAAAAACAAAACAAUAAUCACCCUCAACAUCAUCAACAACUUCAAUUCGAACUAGGUGGAAUGCAAAAUCCUAAUGUGAACCAUUCGCUGCUGUAA